AAAGCACUGGUUGAUAAUAUGGAUAUUGCGAUGCUGAUUAUUGAUGAAAUUUGUGAUAAUGGUGUUUUGAUGGAAACAGAACCACAAGCAGUUGUAAAUCGUUGUGCAUUGCGACCCGAUGAGCUGACAUUCGGUGACCAGAGUAUCUCGCAAGUGGGAAUUGUUUUGAUGGAAACAGAACCGCAAGCAGUUGUAAAUCGUUGUGCAUUGCGACCCGAUGAGCUGACAUUCGGUGACCAGAGCAUCUCGCAAGUGGGAAUGUCGGUACGCUUCACCUAA